AAAAAACUUAUAAGUUAUAACCGGGUGGAGGAAAUAAUUAAUUUCCCCCUUAAACUAGAUAGAUACAAUACCAACUAGCUAGCUAGUGCCCAAUAUAUAUAUACCUAUUGGCACCAAUCAACACAAAAAUAAAGAAAAACAAAGGGGGCCGGGGAAGUAGCUACUCCAUGGCUUCUUCCACCGCCCGUCUCUUCCUCCUCGCACUCGCCGUACUCGUCUCCUCCGACGCUGCGCGUUCGUCUCCGAACGGCAGCGGCGGUCGAGGACAAGUACGAGGCCUGGCGAGGCAGUUCCUGCAGCUGCACAACGCGGCGCGGCUUGCGGUGGGCGUGCCGCCGGUGUCGUGGGACAGACGGCUGGCCGGGUACGCGCGGUGGUACGCGAACCAGCGGCGCGGGGACUGCCUGCUGGUGCACUCCAAGGGGCCCUACGGCGAGAACCUCUUCUGGGGGAGCGGCGUCGGCUGGAGCCCCGCGCAGAUCGUCGGCGCCUGGACCGCCGAGCGCAGCUCCUACGACUACUCCUCCAACUCCUGCCGCGGCGUCUGCGGCCACUGGACGCAGAUCGUCUGGAAGGACACCGCGCGCGUCGGCUGCGCCGUCGUCGUCUGCUCCGGCGGCCGCGGCGGCACCUUCGCCAUCUGCAGCUACGACCCCCCCGGAAACUACGUCGGCAUGCGCCCGUACUAGCCAUGAUCCAAAUUUUGUUACACACAUAAAUUUACUACGUACGUACACUUCUUCAAAUAAACUAAUUAAUUACUACUCUACUACGUACUACGUACUACGUACGUACUGUUCUAUAUAUGUGCAUGCAUAUAUAUAUAUGCACCAUAAAUAUUUUGUUUGUUAAUAAAUUACGCAUUCUUUUUUUGUGUAAUAUUCUUUAAUUUAAGAUGGUUCUAUUGGCAGCUAAUAAAUAGCUGUGUUUUUGUCC